AUGGAGCAAAAGACCGAGGAGUCCAACUCCGAAUCGGCCCAGAACGUCGAGCUAGGGACGCCGGACAACGCGAACCAGGACACGCCGCGAAACGCAUCGAUCCAGGAGAAAGGCGAGCCGCAGGAGCGCGCGGUCACGGGCUUCCGCUGGUUCCUCGUCUGCCUGUCCAUCUUCUCGGCGAACCUGCUCUUCGGCCUCGACAACACCAUCGCGGCCGACCUCCAGGGCGCCGUGGCCGAGACGUACCAGAACACGGGGCAGCUGGGGUGGCUCGGCGUGGGGUUCACGCUCGGCUCUGCGGCGGGCAUCUUGCCCGUCGGGAAGGCGUACGCCAUCUUCGACAACAGAUGGGUGUUCAUCACCUGUCUUACCAACUUCGCUGCUGCGAGCGCGCUGUGCGGCGCUGCCCCUAACAUGAAUGCUAUGAUCAUCGGCCGUGUCUGGGCCGGCCUUGGAGGCUGCGGCAUGUAUCUUGGGACCUUGAACAUCUCGACCGCUCUCGUGCUGCCCAAGGAGCAGCCGGUGUAUGUCGCCGGCACGGGAUUUAUUUACGGCGCCGGAGCGAUUCUGGGCCCCGUGGUCGGAGGUCUUCUUGCUGAUAGCUCUGCGACGUGGAGAUGGGCGUUUUACCUUAACCUUGUUAUCUUCGGCGUCAUGUCGCCCAUCUACCUAUUCCUAGUCCCCUCCGUCCCGCGCCGACCCGAGAUGUCCUUCCUCGAGAAAGUCAAGCUGAUCGACUGGCUCGGCAUCCUGCUCAACUCGGCCAUGUACGCGUGUUUCACGAUAGCGUUCCUGUUCGGCGGCGUCGAAUGGGCGUGGAGCGACGGGCGCACGAUCGCGCUCAUCGUGCUCGCCUUCGUGCUGCUCAUCGCCUUCGUGCUCACGCAGAAGUUCGCGAUCCUCACCGACAAGGUCAACCGGCUGUUCCCGUGCGGGUUCCUGCGCGACCCGCAGCUCGUGCUCAUGUACGUGCUCAUGUUCACCAGCGGCCUGACGCUGUUCGUCGCCGUCUACUACAUCCCGUUCUACUACCUGUUCGCGCGCGGCGAGUCCGGCACCCAGUCCGCCGUCCGCCUCCUGCCGUACAUCUGCUUCUACGUCGCCUCGAUCCUGCUCUGCGGCGCCCUCAUGGGCCGCGUCGGCUACCACAUCGUCUGGUUCCUGCUGUCGGGCCUGUUCCUGACCGCCGGCGCGGCCGCCAUGUACACCGUCGACCCGUACACGUCCAGCGCCAAGAUCGUCGGGUACUCGAUCCUGCUGGCCGUCGGGAUGACGGCGUCCCAGGCCCCCUACGCCAUCGGCAACCUGCUCGCGGAGCCCGCGCUCGCGGCCGACAUGAUCCAGUACAUCAACAUCUCGCAGGGGUCCUCGCAGCUCGUGGGCCUCGUCAUCGCCAGCGCCGUCUUCCAGGCCAAGGCGUUCGAGGGCAUCCGCGCGCUCCUGCCGGGGGACCAGUACACGGACGCCGACAUCCAGGCCGCGGUGGCAGGCGCGCGGAGCGAGGUGCUGACGCAGGCGUCGCCGGAGAUCCGCGAGGCGGCGAUCGGCGUCAUCGUCCAGGCCAUCGACACCAUCUGGAUCGUGGUCAUAGUGGCGUCGGCGAUAUUCACGAUAUGCUCGCUGUUCCUGUCGCGCGAGCGCUUCGUGAAGCCCAAGGGGAGGGGCGAGGGGGACAGCGGGGCUGCGAUGAUGGUGUUCUAA